UAUCCGCUGCUGCUCAAAAACAAAACAAAAACAAAAAAAAACGUGGUUAAGGGGCAACCAAGCGAGACUCGGUGGGCCCCAAGCAGUGGUUUUUCUUCCCUUGAGUUCGAGUGAUGGAAAACGGGAAGCUGAGGGGUCCCCGAGACAUGCUCUGGAAGCAAAAUGCCGGUCAAAGAUUUUGUCUCUUAGCCAUAACUACUGGCUGGCAAUGCGCUACAUGGUUAUCCCGUGUCAUGAGGGGCGAGGGGCUCGCAGGAUCGAAUCUAUCUGUCCUUCAGCCCUUCUCCACUUUCCUUUCUUUUUUUUUUUUUUUUGUCUACUAUCAGUACGGAGUAGUUCCGUGCAGAGGAUUGUGACGAUAUGGAGAUCUUGGGGACCUUUCUCGUGCUUCCAGAUACCAACGAAAUCAUUGUUGCAGUUCCCACCACGAAUGCUAACUCCAUACUUUUGAGGAUCAAAGUCCCGC